AUGUGCGAACUUUCUAUUUCCAAGGACACGACGGCCGUCGGUCCAACGUUACAAGCCAAGUAUCCAGUAGUCAUCUUCAUCCACGGGGAGUCCUUCGAGUGGAAUUCUGGAAACGUUUACGAUGGCGCAGUCCUCGCGAGCUACGCUGGAGUAGUCGUUAUUACUAUCAACUACAGACUUGGUAUCUUAGGGUUCCUAAACGCCAACCCAAUCCCGCACUUAAAGGCAAGAGUAGCCAACUACGGGCUGAUGGAUCAGAUAGCGGCUUUGCAUUGGGUGCAACAGAACAUAGCUCUGUUUGGAGGCGACGCCGGGAACGUCACCAUGCUAGGACAUGGGUCUGGUGCUGCGUGUAUAAACUUCCUGAUGAUUUCACCGACUGUGAUGGCAGGUCUAUUCCACCGAGCGAUUUUGCUGUCAGGAUCGGCUCUAAGCUCAUGGGCGUUGGUAGAAGAUCCUGUCAGCUACUCCGUCCAGUUAGCAAAGCAGUCCAACUGCACUCUUCCAGAAGACGUCGUCAAAGACCACGAGCUCAUCGUCGAUUGCCUUCGAGAAGUACCUUUAGAGGAGCUGAUGUCAGCAGAAAUCAGUACGCCAAGUUAUCUGACUGCUUUUGGUCCCUCCGUUGAUGGAGUAGUUGUCAAAACGGACUACGCGAAAGAGCUCCUGACGUUUUUCAUCCCGAACGAUUUGCAAGGUUUCACCAGUGUAUCUGGAGUGAACAAUUUCAAAGCGGACAAACGGAGCGGAGAUAGGAUUUUCGGGAUAAGGGGCGGUCAAAACAAAUACGACUUGCUAUUUGGUGUGGUGACCAGCGAGGCCCUUUGGAAAUUCUCGGCGCAGGACAUACAAAACGGAUUUGAAGGCGAAAGGAGGGAUAGAAUAAUAAGGACCUACGUUAGAAACGCAUACACAUAUCAUUUGAGCGAAAUAUUCUUUACAAUAGUCAACGAGUACACAGAUUGGGAGAGGACUGUUCAGCACCCCAUCAACACCAGAGAUGCAGCAGUACUAGCGAUUUCCGACGCUCAGUACGUGGCGCCUUUAGUCCAGACCGGAGACUUCCUCAGUGUUGCCAAGAGUUCUCCGGACUCUGGACCGAACACCUUCUUCUACGUGUUCGAUUACCAGACCAAAGAUGGGGACUACCCGCAGCGGAUGGGGUCAGUGCACGGUGAGGAGCUGCCGUACCUCUUCGGAGCGCCUCUCGUGGAGGGCCUCGGCCACUUCCCCAAAAACUACACGAAGUCCGAAGUGGCUUUGUCCGAGGCGUUCAUUUUGUACAUGGCCAACUUUAUAAGGACCGGGAACCCCAAUGAGGCUCAGCGACAGGAAGGUGUCCUCCCAAUAUCCAGAGAGAGGAAUCGAUACAAAAGCAUAGUUUGGGACGAGUACGACACACUACAUCAAAAGUAUCUGGAAAUCGGGAUGAAGCCUCGCAUGAAAAACCAUUACAGAGCCCACCAGCUCUCGGUCUGGCUCCGGUUGAUUCCCGAAAUCCACAGAGCGGGCAUGAAGGACGUCGUGGCAAAACACAACCUUUUCAGAAACCACAAUGACCCGGAACUAUACGACGGGCUGGUCAGGCCCGACCCAUUGACGCGGGUGAAUUAUUUCGACCCCACCCUCGAGCUGUAUCGCAAGCCGAUCUACAACGUGACGCUGGAUAUGCCCUCCACAACAAUGGAUACGUACGUCACUACUUGCAUAAGUGUGAUUUCGGCGCGUCCCGGGUCGGCGGUAACUCAGAAUCACGCGCCAAAUAACACGAGCACCCAAGACGUAUCGAAUCUGGAAGUUGCGGGAUACACGGCCUAUUCGACAGCUUUGAGCGUGACCAUAGCGAUCGGAUGCUCAUUGCUGAUUCUGAACGUGCUAAUUUUCGCCGGCGUGUACUACCAAAGGGACAAAACUCGGUUACAAGUCAAAGCGUUGCAGCAACAGCAGAAACGGAAUCACAACUCGACGUUCGACAGCGUAUCAUCGAAGCAUCCGCACUAUUUCGUCGGGCAUUCUCAAAGUUCGAGCACGAUAGUCGACAUUGAUCAUCAGGACAAGAACGCGAUAAUCGCGAUGACGAAUCGAGUGCCCCAUUUCACUAGUUCGAAUUGCCCUAAUGUGUGCCACACGGGGAUACAGAUGUCGAAUCUGUCGCAGAAGACGAGUCCGCCGACGAACAGAGGUCAAUGCACGACGUUGCCGAGAAAAGUUGGGUUCACUAACUAUCAGCAGCAGAAUCAGAUCUGCAAUGCGUCGAAUUGCAUGACGUUGCCUAAAAACGCUACGUUCAUGAGCAGCGCUAGCAAUUUGCCUGACGUCCAGGCUCAAACUGGACAGUCCCAGGGACCGGGGAACGGGUCAGUGCUCCCUCCCCCCUCGUCCCCCCCUACGCACUUCCAAAAGUCUAGAGUCCCUCAAGCGGCCAUGUCCGAAAUGAACGUAUGAGAAAUAGAAGAUAUUUACAAUUAUGUGUAAAGUGGUGUGCUAAAUCACGGACUAAACAUGGUUGUAAAUAUCGAGAAAAAGUUUGUAAAUGAUAUAAAAUCGUUCUAUUAUUGUAAUAUACAGGUAACGUUGUAAGGUUAUAGAAUAGCGUGUAUGGUAUUCGUAAUUCCGCUAAGGUGUACAUUAACUGUAUCGAUUUUUGUUAACUUGUAAAUAUCUACGUUUUAAACUUUACCAUUGUAAAUGGACGGAUGAGUACAUUUCGAAUUAUAGAGUUCAUGAAUAAAUUCAUCAUUCGAAUCAUCUCGAUUGUUCGAUGCGGUUUUGGAAUGAAUGGCAUGUUUCAUUCGGAUAGUCAUUUGAUGACAUAAUUAUUGUAAAUAUUUAGAAUCUUAAAGACUGUAUACUGUAAUAGGACAUUUGUAUUUUUGUUGUGAUACAGACAGCAUUUUGUUUUUGCGUAAGUUGAUUGCGUUAAAAUAAUCUAAUAAUGAAAUCUGGCUUGAAUUGACUUUGCUCUGAUCAAACUCGAUUGUAAUAUAAACCGCCAAACGUUUGACAAUAUUAUUUCCUCUCUCAAUAGCAAUCGAAAUCCUCAUCGACUAGUAAUUUCGUGUGAAGUUUACCUAAUUCCUGAUUUUCCGGCAGUUAAACUACAAAUAGCGAACCAACAACCAUGGUUAAUACAAUGGAGUGAUGAUUAGAGGGUUCACUUUUUUCUCUAUAGUUCGAUGAAGACGCAGAAAAAUAUUGUAGUAAUGUAGUCUAAAAAUUAUAUUAUUCAUUUUUUUCUGGCAAAAGCUCUGAAUAAGCAGCCCCUUAAAAAGUUUAUCAAUGAAACUUUAUAAGAGUGUGUACAGUAACAUUAUUUAAUUUAAC